AGAUAGGGAGGGAGAGAAAAAGAGAGAGGGAGAGAGAGACAUACAGAGAGACAGAGAGAGAUGGGGGAAGGACGUAUUUGGCCAGGAUCACGACAGCGUUUCAGACUGACGACCGCCGGCUGUUGUUUGAUUAUUCCAUGCACUGAACGUAAAGAAAUGUCAUCGAAAACACAAAAUAUCUUGAUUUGUGGAGGUGGCAAUGGUGCACAUGUUCUCGCUGGAAUUCUAUCUUCACGUGAAAACACUCAGACCAAUGUACUGACCCUAUAUAAGGACGAGGCUGAGAUGUGGAACAAAUCUUUAGAACAUGGAAUGAUGUGUUGCAUGUUUCCAAAUGAAUCCGAAAUCAGUGCGAGGCCUAACAUGAUUUCUAAAAACCCAGCGGACGUUGUCCCUGGCGCGAACCUGAUCCUGAUCACGGUACCUGCGUUUUCCCAUGAAAAUUAUCUGAAAGCCAUAGAACCAUACAUAUGCAGCCCAGCAACCAUUGUAGGCCUUCCUGGUCAACCAGGAUUUGAAUUUCAGUCUCGUGACAUUCUUAAGGCAAAGUCCCAAUUUGUCAGCGUGUUGUCUGCGACAACCCUUCCCUGGGCUUGUAGGAUUGUUGAAUAUGGACGAAAGGUUAAAAUCAAUGGGAUAAAGAAAACCGUAGAUGUAGCAGUCAUUAAAGAUACCUCCAGGGGUACCAUCAACCCUCUGCUACACUUGCAGUCCGUGUUGGGAAGUCCUCCUGCUCUAAACAAAAUCAACCACUUCCUGGAAGUAAGCCUCAUGUUCACUUCGAUCCAUCCAGGCCUGAUGUAUGGUCGCUGGAAACACUGGGACGGUAUUCCCUUAUCAGAGGAACCGCUUUUCUAUCAAGGAACUGACGACUUUCAAGCAAAAUGUGUAACUGACCUGGAUGAUGAAGUCCAGCUGAUUACAAAAGAAAUUUCAAAACGGACUGGUAUUCACUUUCAAGGAUGCUUAUCAAUGUACGAGUGGUUCAUAAAAAGUUAUGGAUCUGCAAUAUCAAACCCAUCCAGCUUAAAGACCGUCCUUGUGACCAACAAGGCCUACGAAGGAAUGGUUCACCCUAUGAAAAAAGUCAAGGGGGGAUAUGUGCCAGAUUUUCAACAUCGUUAUUUGUCUGAAGAUGUUCCUUUCGGUCUUGUUGUUGUGAAAGGUAUGGCAAAGAUCGUUGGUUUGAAGACACCGGUGAUUGAUGAGGUAAUCAGAUGGGGACAGCAGAAGCUUGGCAAAGUGUACAUUGAAGGAACUGAGCUGACUGGGGAACAUCUCUGUGAGACCAGAGCACCGCAAGUGUAUGGAAUUAAGACACUUAAAGAUCUCCAUACAAUGAUGAUCUAGAGAGAGAGGAAUUGACCAGCACAAAAAUACAUAUAUUCAAGUUGAGGUAUCAGUGCAUAUGCAGAUGUAUAUGUUUGUUAAAUUGUUUUGUAUUGGUGGCUGAAUGGUUAGGGACCUGGUGGUUGGGCUCGCUGUCUUGGUUGGUGCUCAAGAUGUUAGUCAAGAGACGUAUUGGUGGCUGAAAGUAUAUGUUGCUGUUGCUAGCAAUAUAUUCAAUAAUGCAUUGGGGAUAUCAAAUUUUAAAUAGUAUCCAAGUGAUAUCAUCUUAUCUGUGACUUCUACGAACCCAGAAAACAUCCAGGACAUCAGCACCCAAGACCAAAGGGAUCAGGUGGUUAGGUGUGUUGGUUAGUGCUCAUCAUAUUAGUCAAGGGGACUUCCAGUCCAGACUCCAGUUUUCACAGAUCUCCGCCAUAGAACUGGUUUAUUGGUACAGCGUCAAACAACAAACAAAACUUCCAGGACACAGUUACUUUCCAAGCAUUAACAAGAACACAGUUUAUGCUCAAUUAUAUCAGAACAUUUCCCAGCUCUGUACACGAAAAUGCAUUCGUGAUCAUGUAUUCAUGUUUUAAGGGAUAUCCGUCCGACAUUCUUGUCCAGACGUGUCUCAUAUAAUAAAAGCUUUUAAUAACUUCA